CAGACCGACUCGCAGGCAGCCGGCCUGGAAGUCCCAGCGGCGUGGGUAUGUGGCCAGUCGCUCGCUGAUGCCACAGCCGGCCACACGCGCCCUGUCGCCGAUCCAAUGACCUGCGCUGACCUGCAGUGACCCGCAGUGACCUGUGGUGAUCUGUGGUGACCCGCAGUGACCUGCAGUGAUUGAAGAACUGCCGGCGAAGGACGCGUGAGGAGCAGGUGGUGUGCCGAGUUAAGAGUGAGAAGGAGUGGAGUGUGAGUGAGGACUACUACUCGAUCAACCGACAACACAAGACCUCGUCAACGCUACCAGUUUAGCCAAUAAAAUCACAAACGGCAAAUUCUCAAGCAGGCCAGUUCAGUGAACCCCACCGAAGCCUCGGAAAGAAGCCAUGGCGGGCAGUGCCGUCCAGUACAGCCAACUGGGCGACUUUGCCAGUUCAGCGGGCCAGUACCAACCCUACCCCUACAACAACCCCGCAUUCGCCAACGACCAGUACCCAAGCGCCAGCCUGCCGCAAGCUCAGGUCCACAACUUCAUCCAGUCGCCGCCGGCAGCGCCGCCCCGCGGACAAACCGCGAACCAGCCGCGCUUCGGCGAGCGCACGGUGGCGCGUCCUAGCGGCAGACGGAGGAAACAACAGCCCGCCCAGCGAGGACCGAUUGUGACCAAGGAUGGGGGCGAUUCUGUGGUGCCGCUCUACUCGUAUCAGACGCUGAAGAACAACACCGUAGUCCAGGUCCCGAUUUUCUGGACAGCGCUCAACAUCGCGCUGGGUUACCAGGUACAGGCCGACCAGGUCAUCCGAGGUCUGCCCUGCAUCAAACGACUGCGACAGCUCUUCUGUACUAAUGCCGGCAGCCAGUACCCCACGGACCGCAUCGAGUCAUUCAUCAACGAGAACAAGGCUCUGACCAGAAGAAUGUUUGGCACAUUCCCACCACCGCCACCCGAUCUUGGCAACGAGCCCUUCCCGCGCGCUAAGCGGUCGGCAGACAACGACACCAUGUCUGCCGUGGUGGCCGAGCUGAACAGACAGCGGCGGCAGGCGGUCCCCUCCCCUCCCGUCAUCGACAAGGGCAGCAAACACCUUGUGGACAGCUGCGAAUCGAAGGUGGAGAUCGUGACGCCAUAUUGGGCUGCCAACUCGGCUGGGGAAAUACGAGCCAUUGUGAACACCAAACACUUCCCGCAGGCCAUCCAUCAGGAGAUCUGCAAGGGCACCACCACCAGUCGAUGCACGGGAAACUGUCUCUGUGAGCAGAAAUACACCUACCACCGGCUGCUAUCGUAUGAUCCGGACAAUGACUGCAAAGGCAUCUUCAUCGAUUGGUUCCUGUUCCCAUCGUGCUGCGCGUGCCGCUGCCCGCCCUAAAGAGCCUCUGCGAGAGAGGAACCUCUUCCAGAGAGCUUCUGUUAGAGGGGGAACCUCUUUUAAAGAGCCUCUGCGAGAGAAGACUUUUAAAGAGCCUGUGAGGGAGCCUAUUAGACAGAGAAAGCCUCUCCAAAAGAGAAACUCUUGAAAAGAGGAAGCCUCUUCGCGGAGAUCCUCUUUCAGAGAGCCAGCUCUUCGAGUGGAAACCUCUUCAGGAGGAAGCCUUUUUCUAGAAGGCCUCUCCUAGAGUGCCUCUUCGGGGGAGGGCAUGCCACCUCUGCCGCUUGGUAGUGACGAGCAGUGGACAGAACUUUUCGGGCUGACAUGCCCAGAUGAACUGAUUUCCGUUGAUGCGGUGGUCAACGGCGAUUAUGCAGAUAUUGAUCGUGUUGUACGUGUGUCAUGGUUGUGUUUUUGAAGAAUUUAGACUCGUGUUCUGAUGGUGUGAGCCUUGCGGCUUGGAAUGCAAGAGCGAGCGAGUUCUCUCGACAUAUCUUCGGUGGUGGCUUCAUUCAUGAUGGGCAGACGACCUAAGAAUCGUGCGCGUUCACGCGGAGUCGCAUGCUACGGUGUAGGCGAAAUAAGUGGUGUAAUGCCAGCUGUACCUAUCCAGUGCUCUGCAGUACACUUCACGGUGUGUGUUUAAAUACCACACGAAGUUCUUCAAAAACACCGCAGAGAGUAUUAUGAGAUAAAACACGAACUGAGCGCCGGUCCUCUGGCCUUCUGUCGUCAUUGCGUCUGUUCUGACCUUGACAACAUCGCGCACGUUCCACUGUUUGAGCCACUAGCUAUCAGAACCUCGAUCUGUGAGUGGCUUAUCUCCUGUUAUCGGUCGCGUAGUGGCUGACGAUGAUCAGAAUAGAACAGCAUGCUAGACAAACUGGUGGUGGAGCGCCUUUCCGAUGCAUGUCUUUUGCGAAUGAUAGGGCCCAACAUGGAGAAAACGGCCUUUGGGAUGUCUUACAAGCGAUGAGGCAAACCAUGCUCUAGGUUUUUAAGUGGAAUGAGACAGGUCGGUAAAUGUGGUUUUUGCUGACGGUCAAGGUUGUAGUGCCUAGGUCAGGGUCACGGAUUAAGAUUGGGAUAGAGAUGCAUUGUGUACCUUCGUACUGGGCCGCGUUGUGACUGAGAUCUUGAACAAUUAUACAUUAUCAUUGCGA